AAGCACGUUUUUUUUUUUAAAAAUGGCAGCAACAAUAAUGAACAACAACAACAACAAUGAACAAAAUGCUCAACUUAUUAUUGAUUUACUAAAAAUUCAACCUGAACAUUUGCAAGCAUUAUUAAGUUCAUCAAAUAAAGAUAAAAUUCAAAGUUCCGAAGGUUUCACUUUACAAGAAGGUUUAUCUUCGUUCAAAGUUGAAACAUCUGUUGCUUCAUACAGUAACAUUUUUUCCACAGAAGUUUUCCUAUCAGAGAUUAGAAAGUAUCCAUGUUUGUGGGAUGUAUCUCAUCAGUCAUACAAAGAUAGAAGUGUUAAAAUGAACGCUUGGAAAGAAAUUUCCACAUCUUUUGAAACAGAAAUUUUGCAAAAAAAAUUAAAAAACCUAAAAGAUACUUUAAAAAAAUGCUUCGACAAACGUAAUAAGAUGACUAAAUCAGGUGCUGGUGCAUCAGCUUUACCUAAAUGCAAAUACUAUGAAGAAAUGUUAUUUUUACAUGAUAAGAACAACAAUAUUUCAACUCAAAGUAAUUUUGAAUUAGAAGAAACUAUAACUGAAAAUGAAGAUCAGAUUGCGACUCCAAUUGCUGUAAAAGCCAAAAAAAGGAAAAUUAGCAAUGAGGCAGAUAAAAAAAUAAUGCAAGAACUUUCAAACUUUGAUAACGAGCUAAAAAAAGUUAUGACUGAUAGUCAAUGUGAAGACACAUUAUACUGCCAAAGUUUAGUACCGAUAUUGAAAUCUUUACCGCUUAAAAAAAAAGAAUAGCAAAAAUUAAAAUAUCUCAAUUGUUGUAUAAGCUUGAAUUUGAUGAAAAAUGUGAAUAAAAAAUAA